AUGUGGUCUGGUCUUCUCCGCAGUCUCAACACCACUCUGAGCUACGCCCUCACCCUGGCUCCCCGACUUUGGGCCAUCCGUCCCAUGGCUACCUUGAACCAGAUGCACCGCAAGGGACCCCCGAAGCGGAAGCCCCGGCGCCUGGGCCCCACGGAAGGCCGGCCGCAGUUGAAAGGCGUGGUCCUGCGCACAUUCACCCGCAAGCCCAAGAAGCCCAACUCGGCCAACCGCAAAUGCUGCCGUGUACGGCUCAGCACGGGCCAGGAGGCUGUGUGCUUCAUCCCCGGCGAGGGCCACAACCUGCAGGAGCACCAUAUCGUCCUGGUGCAGGGUGGCCGCACCCAGGACCUGCCCGGUGUCAAGCUCACUGUUGUGCGUGGCAAAUAUGACUGUGGUCACGUGCAGAAGAAGUGA